AUAAUACGAGUGGUACGAGUCAAUGGCAAAUCAGAAAGUUCUUUAUUUUCCAAAUUACGACUCCACGGCGAGUCGGACGAUCUUUUUAUUUCCAAAUAGUGCUGAAAUAGUGAGAAAUUUGGAAAUAUCAACGAGAAUGUGAACUUUUUAACUGAUAAGAGAGAGGAAUCAAACAUCGAUACGUCGGUCACCUAUCUUCAGUCUUUCGCUCUGUUUACGAGAUUGUGCGCACUUGUAAAUAGUUGUGAAUUAUAUUCACCCGCUGUGUGAUAAUUAUCACGUGUUAAUCGCAGAAAUGAAGAGAUCACCGUUGAGCACUCCGAGCGGCCCGAGUCGCCGGAGACACACGCCGUACAAUUGGAAUUCGAACGAUAAUGCCAACAAGAGAGGUUAUGAGCCAAUGAGGAACGGUGGUUACCAGUGUCUUCCUGCGAACGAUGGAAUGCAGCAGAUUUGCGGGGAUGAUUUCAUUCCCUUGAACAUGAGCACGCCGAUGACACAGUACAAGAAGAACAACGGUAAAUGGCAUAGUCCCAGAGGGGGACGCAAUAAUUCUAGUCCAGAUAGCAGAGGGAGCAAUUACAGAAAUAGUUACGGUCCACCAAGAUCGAACAAUCCCAGCAACCCCAACGCAAGAUGUAAUUACAGAAAUAACUAUUACACUCCCUCAAGAUCGAGUAAUAGUUUGUUCUCUCCUUACAAGCAACCUUUCAAGAAGUUUUAUAACCAAAAGAAGGGUGACAAAGCAGCACACAGGCGAGUGAGCAUAUCAGAAUUCGUGGACAUACCAUUCUGCUUAAAAGAUCCUUGGGAAGAUCUAAUGAAAAAGUUAAAUGAUUCAGAAGAUACAGACAAUGAUCAAAUGCUUCAGACUGAAUCGUCAGCCAAUCUCGAAUUGGUGGACAACGAUUCCACAGAGAAAUCCGAGAGCAAAGGAUUUCACUUACCAAGGGAUGUUAAUUUGAACGACUCACAAGAUAGUGAGGAGUCGAAAAUGAAUUCUUCCGUGGACACAACCUUCGGAGAGGACACUAUAAACGUUAGUAAAACAUCGAAGGCCGAUAGUUCGGUAGAUUUAGAAAUCGGCGAUAUUUGCUUCAAUCAAGACUCAAUGGAGGAAAAUACGAGCAGCAACAGUGACAGUGCUCCUAGAGCCACGGCAGAGAAGGACGAUGCUGGUCCAGUGGUCGAACUAGUGGCAGAUACCGAUGAGAAGAAUAUAUAACAGUGACACAGCACAGAAUGCGCGUUCUGAGAAGAAUGCCUUACACAAUAAAGAAAAUGGAAAUUGCGACGUCGAGAGAGAGAGAGAGAGAGAGAGAGGGAGAGACCGAGAGCGCUGCUAGGAGGCUCGGUUGGUGUACUAAUAAAAAGUACAAACUUCCUUGUAUAUAUUCUAUUCCACAUGCGCGUUUUACUUCUCGAAGUGUACGUGACUCAAAUAUCUCGUCAAAUAUCGAAUCUGAACAAACGCAUUUUCGUGCAAUUUCCGUUUUCAUCGAAUUGUACAUAAGAAUACACUCGUCGAUAAUUUUACAUAUAUAUAUAAUUAUGUACUUUGUACAUAGUACAUCGUUAGACUUGCAAAACGGUUAUCCAAUACUUGCGAGACGACGCGUUAGAAUUAGAUAUAUUCUACCGGGGUUUUCGAAAUAUGCAAUCUUUUCUUUUGGGAAUGGGUCAACAUGAAACCAUAUCCAGUUGGGUAAGCGAAUUACAAUGAUGAUACUAACAUUAAUUUCCGGAGAUUAUAUUUUCACAACUUGGCUGUGAAAGAAAAAAAAAAGGAUGUAUAGGAUUUCCAUUAGAGACGUUAGAUGUGCAAUCUCGUAGCGUAUAUUGAGUCCGCUAAGUGCGCAGGGACUUAGGGGAACAAUAUGUAAACACCAAUUUCAGACUAGCGAAUGAAAUCACUCACGAUUAUUUCGAGAAUUAACUCAUAAUCUAUAUGAAACUUAUGAAUUUUGUAAUAUGUGUGUGUCGCAGAUAUGUAACGUUCAUUUUCUCUCACAUUGUAAAUGCGUUAACCGUGGAUUUUGCCGGAUCUUUUGUUCGGUUUCAACACCAAUAUAUCUUACAUAUAUACAGGAUUACGUGACAUAUAAUAUGUAUAAACUUAAGGAGCAUGUUUCAAACGUAAAUUGAAGUGGAAAAUGUUCUAUAAACAUAAAUCCAAUUCGAGACGGUUAUCCACUUACAGGUAUUUAAAGUUUAUAAAUGAUAGCACAAGUUUUUGAAACAUUUUUUUUAUUAAAAAUGCAAAAUAAAAGAGAGAACAUGAAGAUUACGUAUCGUACGAUCACGAUCAUGGCACGUACAGGAUAGAAAGGAGAAAACUGUUUCACUUAGCGAUAAGUUCGUGUAUAAUAUUCGUGCCACGUAUCUCUCAACAUCACCGUAUGCGUAAAAAGACGUCCAUAAAAAUCAGGAUAUGAAGCUGUGCAUAAUAUCUCUUGGAUAGAAAGUUUUUAUCGUAAAAAAUCGGAAAGUAAGCGGUGAACAUGUUCACCGAUACUCGACCUUAUAUAAAUAGCGUUAUUCUUCUUCAGUUUAUCAUUGGAGGCCCAUUUCACAUAGUAGACGAUGAAUGAAACUUACCUUUAAGGUAAAGAUUAAGUUUCUCUGUCCUUUGAAAUGAGACCGUAUUGGAAAAAAUUAGAAAAAAGAGAGAAAAAAAGAGGAUAAAAUAGUGCAAGAGAUGCCGGCCUCCUGCUUAUUUCUUGAACUUCUUAAAGCGUCGAUUAGCAAUUAGAAAACGACGAGUCACUCAAAUCGGCUCGAGUGUUCCGCGAGUGUUUGACUAACAUGCGAGAACUUGAUGUACAAAUGACGAUCUGGUACAAAAUAUACACAUACAUAAUUUCAA